CCUGGAAACGUGGAGCUGCGCACGGGCUUCUCUUAAACAUUUCCCCGAAUACCAAGAAAAACUCACUUAUAUAAGAGAGGCAGCGGAUAGAUGCUGCGAGUGUCAAUUAACCUGCCACCGUUUGAAACAGGCAGUGAGCGCACGGAGCGUUACGCACGGUUGGAUACAUAAUUUCAUGCACCUUGUGAACAUUUCAUAGCUUUUCGGUGAGCUAUUGAGAAGCAACUAGCCGAGAUGUUCCCACUGCCGAUGUUCACACCGGACCAGGUCGCUCGGGUCUGCGAGAACUUGGAGGAGACCGGCGACAUUGAGCGCCUCGGUAGGUUCCUGUGGUCCCUUCCAGCCGCCGUCCCUGGCUCCGCCGGGGAAGCGCUGAACCGACACGAGUCGGUGAUGCGAGCGAGAGCCCUGGUCGCCUUCCACGGGGGAAACUUUGAGGGUCUUUACCAGAUUCUACAGAGCCACAGGUUUACGCGCGAGUCGCACGCCAAGCUUCAAGACCUGUGGCUGGACGCGCACUACAGAGAGGCGGAGAGGCUCCGAGGGCGGCCGUUGGGCCCAGUGGAGAAGUACCGGAUCCGCAAGAAGUUCCCCCUGCCCCGCACCAUCUGGGACGGCGAGCAGAAGACGCAUUGCUUUAAGGAAAGAACUCGCAGUUUGUUGAGAGAGUGGUACCUCCAAGACCCCUACCCCAACCCGUCCAGAAAACGCCACUUGGCACAGGCCACGGGGCUCACACCCACACAGGUCGGCAACUGGUUCAAAAACCGCCGUCAAAGAGAUCGUGCUGCAUCUGCAAAGAACAGAAUGCAGCAGGAGCCUUCCCUCCUGCCCUCUGGGAGCUCACCUGAUGGCUCCCUUCAGGACCGCCGGCAUCACUCCCACUUGUUGCCUCCCUCCCCUCGCCACCUAGGCAGCCCGGAGGCCAGCGACUGUAGCACUGAGAACGAGCGCAGAGGAACAGGAGCCUCUACCCCAGAGAUCUCCGUCAGCAGCGACAGCGAGUUCGAGUCUUGAGAUGAUCAAGACUCUUGCUCUAUGCAGAGGCGGGAGCAACAUCUCUCAUCAGACUCAGAUAAGGACACUUGAACCGUCUGUGUGGACACACUGGAGGUGUUCUCAGUGGGAGGAGGUUGAAGCCACUUGAUGUGGUUGUUAAUAGACAUUGUACGGCAAUGAUAUGCAAAAAAAACAAAAACAUGCACUUCAAAAAAGCACAUGACCUCAACUGUUAUAUGAAUUAGUUUACUGCUGACCAUGGUCUUUAGAUAAUGUGAAUAUUAAUAUUUCAAGUUUUGAUACUGGUUACUAUCUAAGCUACAUAAUUCAUUUGUAUGGAAAUUGUGAGGACACAACAAACAAUGGCUUGAGUAGGUCAUUCUCUAUGUAACUACAUCUACAUGCACAUUAAUAACUUAUUUAUCUUCAUAUUACAGCAAUUUGCCAACUUUGUAAAGUGCCAUGCAAGCAAUAAAACAUUAAGUUACACAAUAGGCAUAAGCAUAACCUAGACUUUUGCUCCAUAGCUCAAUGUAUUUGAUCAAAAACUUAAACGGUUUGAAUAGAUGUCCAAAACUCACCUUUUAAUGGCACUAGUAAAAGGCAAACAAUGUAAACUUUUAAAAAUUGCAUUAUUAUUACCUUAAUACUGUUAUUCAGAGUAAUCAGGUUAUAAUGUGCAUGUAAACAUAGUGAGUGACCUGUUCAAAAUAUGUCACUGCCUUAAAAAGGAACUAAGGGCAUCACUCUUUUACAAUGCAAAACAAAUAACAUAAGACAGUCUUUAUGUAACUAAUGAUGCAAAUGUGCUGCUUAAAAUACAAUGAAUUGUGUUACCAGCUGUGUUUUACCUGUUCACGUCUCUUUUUGUUACUGUUUAAAAUAUGUAGGGUUUUUGUAAACGCUCCUGAGCUGCUCUGAUAAAUUCCUGCAGGAGCUGAAACAGAAAAGAUGAGACAGCGAGAAUGUAAAGCACUAAUCAGUCUUAACUCAAUGUGCCUAUUACAUUCGAGAACAGUGAGACCUAGUCGGAUAUGAUUGUGUCCUCAUGUCAAAACGACAUAGGCCUACUGUUUGCUGUCUUUUUUACAACCAUCAUUUCUCACACAACAAUACUGCAUUUCAAUAUAAAUAUGUAUUUUGUAAAUGUUUGAUGUAAAUAAAUGAACCUAUUUUUAUCCAAAGUAA